AUGAACAGGUGCUGGUGCUGGGACUUGGAAAAGAAAUUUCCAGAAUAUGGUGACUUCAAAAUAGCAGAGAAUAUAUUGCAUCUUAUAAACAACCAAGGGAUGGUGUGGAUGGGCAUGUUUUUUUCUCCUGGCUUGGUCGUAUUGAACGUUGUCAAGUUGAUGAUCAUGAUGUAUCUUCGGUCUUGGGCUGUAAUGACUUGUAAUGUACCACACGAAGUUGUCUUCAGAGUAUCUAAAAGCAACAAUUUCUACUUGGCACUCUUACUUACUAUGCUUUUUCUGUGUGUGUUACCUGUUGGAUAUACUAUUGUUUGGGUAAAACCAUCGUGGCACUGUGGACCAUUCUCUGAAUACGAUAAAAUUUUCCAUAUAUUGACAAAUAACAUUUACAAAAUUCUACCAAAAUCAUUAAAUUUUGCAUUGGAAUACGCAGCUUCACCAGCAAUAGUUAUACCAUUACUUGUACUACUAAUACUUAUAAUAUACUAUCUUACAUCAUUGACAAAUUCUUUGAGAGAGGCUAAUAAUGAUCUCAAGAUACAACUGCGACGUGAAAGGACAGAAGAGAGGCGAAAAAUGUUUCAACUGGCUGAUACCAGGCGGCGAGGUGGCUCAUCAGCAAUGGAUAACACUCCUUUUGCGAGAUGGAAAAAAGCUUUGCCAUCUCUACCUAUAAGUAAAUCUAUAGACUCCGAUGAGCGUAAAACAGUAACUGGUGAAGAUUCUACAGAACCUUCAAAAGCAACCAAGAAAAAAGGUGGAAUAUUCGCAAAAAUAGUAAGCAUGGCACUUGACAAAAAACCAGAAGUGGAAACAGUGCCCGAGGUUAUAAAUAUAUCACAAUCCUCCAACAAUGUAGAUGAUGAUACUGACACAUGUUUCCAUGAAACCCUCCCUAAAGAAGUAUUGAAAAUAAAAGACAUUAUAUUUAAAAGUGCAGAAAAUAAGAAAAAGAACAAUGUUGAAUUCAAAACACAUAGUGACGAAAAUAAUAAAGUUACUAAUACCAAAAUUGUAAAGCUAAAAUUCCAAAAACUUGAUGACCAUGCUGAGAGAAAUGUCGCAGAAGAAAGACAAGAUCCUGUUAAACAAAACCUAGAAAGUGACCCACCUGAAGAAAUUACAAAAGUACAUAAGAAAUUUGAUAAAAAACAAACGUCAGAGUCCAGUACACAAUCAAAGCAAUCAGAUUCUAUUGGUUCAGUUAUACCAGUAAUCAAAAUUAGUAUCACAGAAAGCGAUGAAGAAGAGAAGCAAAAUAAACAAGCAAAAAUAAAUACCGAAAAAGAACCGUCGCAAUAUAAACCAGACACCAAAACAUCGGAUCCUUCUGUAUCAAGUUUGAAGAAAGUGAAAAAGAGUUGUUCCGAUUUAAAAGCAUUGAGAAGGCAGAGCAGUGUUGAUAGUAUCAACGAGCAUAAAAUGCCUAAAGAGAAAAAAUCAGAGGACGGUCAUAAAUAUCAAUAUUCCUUGUAG